GUCUUAUACGAUUACACUCGAUUACUUGGAAAGUGUACUUAUCACGGUACAUUAUGUAUAUGUGAAUCACGCCGGUGCUCCGCCGAAUUAACAACGCGGAGAAUGAUCAUUGCUGAUCCUUGCUGGUGAUUAUUGGCGAUGUUCUCGGAGACGAGAUGCCUCGAGAACCCAUCCUCGUCCCGAAUAAGUGUCGCGUGUCCCAGGAAUGUGUAGGCUACGUAGUAUAUAUUAUAUCUAUUUAUAUAUAUAUAUACAUAUAUAUACGUAUAUAUAUAUGAUAUCGUAUAAAUACAAGACUUAAGUGUACACCUUCUGCCGAUAUAUUGUACGUUUGCGUUGACUUACGUUAUAUUUAACACGAAUCCGUUUUGUUGCUGAGCGGAUAAACUUGUAUACUAAUAUACGUUUGGUCGGCAAUUAUUUCUCUCAUCACUAAUAUGCAACGAAAUGAGUUUCCUUUUUACGGCACAUGUAUAGAACUUUUUAAUUCCCAUUGAUAUGCACAAUGUGUUCACUAUGGUAAAUACUUAGCUAUGCCUGAUUUCCUCAAACGCUUCAUGUACCUGAAUCGAUCGACCGUUCGGGCUAUUUUUGCAACAGAACACUCUCUCUCUGUCUCUUCUCAUUCUCUCUAUUGAGAACAUACUCGCGGCGCGAGUACCUUUUUAAACGAUUCCAAACGAAGCUUUGAUACCUCUUGUCCAGUUUUCUCAUUCACUUUUAUGCCGAGAAUUCGAUCGUCGAAUAAUUACGUAUAAGCGGUCGAAAAGCGCGCGCGUGUAUUUUCUUUUUCGUUUUUCGUCCUUCUUUUUCUCUUCACUUAAGAUUGCCUUUGUUCGUCGUUCGUUUUGCCGGGUUCCGAUGUUGUGCCGCGACGCCAAUCAAUGAUUUUCGAUCGAUUUGGCGAGUUGCAAAUGCCGACGCGUGAUUUUGCUGAAAAACAAGAGAAAAAAAAGAAAAAAAGGAAAGAAAAACGCGGAAACGCGCGCGGAUCGGCGCGUACGUGCGUGUGCACGACCGACCGAACGCGAACGUGUGCACUUUUCAUAAGUUUUCCACAAAACGUAGCCAAGAAAAAGAUGUGUGUGAUAUUGUUUUUGUGCGUUUCACGCGGUUGGAGAAACGGGGAAAAAGUGGAAAAGGAAAGACGGUGAUAAGACGGUGAUCUGAUAAGAGAUAUAUGACAAAAGAAAGGGAAACGUUCGGAGCAAACUAAUGAUCUUUAAUUAUUCAACUAACAUUAUUAAUUGUGAAUGUUUUUCAAAAGGGAAGUGAUGUUUUUUGAACUUCCAGGAGCAGGUGGGAACGACAUUUUUUGAGCCCCACGUACGGUGUACUUCAACCUCUACGCAUUUUGUGGUGCAUCAGACAUAAACAAUUUUUGACAAUGCUUGCAUAUUUUAUAUGAAUGUGUUUUUGAUUCCUUUACAGGAACGGAUCUCGCUCUCGCUCCUACAUCCAUCCUUACUCUCUUUCUCUUUCUCUCUACUUCUAUCUUUCUCUUUUCCUACGUCUAUUUCUCAUUUUUACGAGUCUUGAGUUUUCUUUUACAUUAAAAUAUUUUCUAUAGUUUUCGCGUGCGUUGCAUUUUGUGUUUUCUUGUUAUGUUGAGACUUAUUUUUCCAAGUAUGCUCGCUAUUGAUUUAUACUGAUUUAUACUGUUGCCGUGUCGAUUAACUUCGCGAUAAGUUUGCUCGUUUAUCUUUGCGUUGAAUUUGUAUGUUUGACAAAAAGCUUUCGUUACUUAUUAUCUUCUCACUAUUUUCAAGUUACUUAAUUUCAUAUUUUUCUGCGUUUUACUUACAUCUCUUUUCUUUUUCUAACACACUCUUUCUCUCUGACGUUUCCCCAAUUUUCAUCCCGCUCUCCCGGUGUACCACGACGUGACUGACAAAGAAAAGGAAAAGAACACGCAAAGUAUUUUUGAUCGAGAGCGUUUGCCAACGUGUAUAGACAUGUGUAUAUAUGCAUAUGUGUAGAUCAUAAGAGAACUGUUCGUGGUGUGACAUUUUUUCUUCUGUGAUUGGGGCGGCAUACCACUGUCGUGACGAAACGGGAGGCAAGCGAAUGAAUGUGAACGGAAGUAAUCACGGAAUGAAAGGAAAAGUCGGAAACGUGUGCGGAUUAACUAACACGACGUAAUUCAGAGAUAACGUCCAUCGGUUUUUUGAGUGUCGCUAAAAAACGAGAACGAAUCAGACGAGGGAUCGUCAUAAUUUUUUUUUCUCUCCCGUCCUCAGCCCUCCUUCAACCCUACCGUCACCUCCUCUACCAAUCUCCUUCCCUCUGUGGCUCCUCCCUCACGGUCCUCUUUCUUUUUCACCACUUUCCCGCCCCCGAUCAUUAUCGUCUCUCCCGAUGCCUCUUUAUCGCAUUCUUGCUUGCAUGCAAAUGCCUGCAUUGGUUGAUUUCGUAAAGGAACUAAUUUGAACUUCUUAUUGUUUAUGUUUGUGUUCAUUGCACCAUUUACUUUCUUCGGAUUUGAUGAUGACAAAAAAAAGGGCUGUUUUCCAGUAAGUAGGAUCUAUAUUCUUGUGUUCCACACCUUGCAUCGAGACACAUUAUGAUGUGACAGCAUUGUUAUACCUGCGCCAAGAAAAAAAGAAAAAAAAGAAAGUAAAGUAUCCACUGCAAAUACUAAGCGCCUUUCCGUUCGAUUAUUCAACAUUAUAUCGUUUCGAUGAUUUUUCGCCUCUGUUGUUGUUCUUGUCACUCGGAGACGUCACUCUCUCUUUCUCUUUUUCUCUACUUUGCUAUGUUCUCUUUCUCUCUUGUCGCUCAAUUUCUAUAUCUUUCUCUCUAUAUGAUAUAAUCAUUUCUUUUCUUUUUCGAGUACUUUUGUUCGAAAUUUUCUGUCACGCGCGAUGUAUUUUUUAUGUACAUACACACGUGCUGCCACGCUGUGUCUAUUUUCGCUCUUUCGUCCUGGUCUCGUACGUAUCCGCAGGUGAAGGAUGCCUUUUCUAUGCCGAUAAUUUGCACUGCCGGUGACCUGUCAAUCUCACGCGACGUUGGAUAUCCGACGGACAAAGUUAUAUAAGGAGAAGCCAUUAAAAGUCUUCAAUUUUUGGUAAUUUAUUCGGUUAAAGCUUUGCGCUAUUGCAAUUAUUAUGUGCAAAGAUUUAAAUUUUUUUAUGAAAAGGGAAAUUGUAUAUCAAUAUCUUAAUCCAACUUGGAAAACGAUUCGAUAAAUUGGUUCUUAAUUGAAAUAAAUUUAGUGCUACCGUAAAUUCCAUGUGUUUAUAAUUUAAUUUAUGGCAAUUGGAUUAGAUAAAUGUUGAAACUUCAGGUAAUAUAUCUUAAUUUUUUAUCUUUUAUUAAUUGUAUGGCAUUUUAUAGCAUCUUUUAUAGUAAUCCUGUAAUAUCGUUAAUUUAAUAAUAAAUAAAGUCGCUUGAGGAAUGUCCGUUGGAUAUCGAAUGCUGUACAGGGAUCUGGUUCUACUACUGGAACAGCUUCAAUAAUUACUUUUAAUGUUCCAGGAAGCCGGUAAUACUCGUUACUAGAAAUCUUAUGAGAUAGCAAGAUCCCGAUUAUAGACAAACGUUCGCAAACGUAUUCAUUUGGAUACGGAGGACACCGACUAUAAAAUUCGUUUUCCAAGCAGCUAACACGAUACCAAUGCUUUUAUCAAUAUUAAUCGCGAAAAUAUUUACUUUAUAUCAUCAGCGAGUGAAUAGGAUAAAAAAUUUUAACAUACAGAAGUGAGAAAACAAAUUUCGAAGUUAAACAUUUACCCGAUUAGUUGCCUAACUAAACUUAUGCUUUUUCGUGCUUUCGUAUUUUUCAUAGUACCCUUUUAAGCAUAAUUUAGUUCAGUUUUAAUCACUAUUUACUCGCUGUAUUUCGCUAUACCAGAUAUUUCCGAAAUAUUUGUAUUUUUUCAGAUAUGGAUUCUUUGAUAUCUGCUGACACUUUAACAAAAAUUUAUGAUAUUUAAUAGAUAUGUGAUAUCCGGUAACUCUGAAUGCUGCGCAAAAUUUUAUUGUUUCGUUAUUUUUACACAGAAUUUAUUCACAAACAUAGCUGUAGAAUUUAUUAUAUUCCAAUGUUUGAAAAGCGGAAAACCAACUGUGAAUGGAUCAAAGAAUCUAUAGAUGAAAAACAACUCUAAAAUAUCUGGUAUAUCCUCCGCUUUCGUGUUAUCUCGGAUGAGCAAGGAUAAGCACAGCAUUCAUUUAAUGCAAUCUAACAUUUACUAUGUAUACGAAAAAUCAGACUAACUUAAAUAACGUGACGAGUGAGUAUUACGAAGACGAAAAAAUACUUGUACGCGUUUAGUCAGCUAAUGCAAUUAGUACAGCAAUGAGCUCAAAUAUGCAGGUGUGUGUGUUCGCCAGGUAAGUGCAUCAUCGCGGCUACAUCGUCUACAUUUGUUCACAAUGCAAUCUAUUUAUGUGAUUGCUAAAAUUAAUUAAUGAUUGUCUGUCGAUAUCAUUAUCGCUUUAUUAACUAACAGACGUCGGUGAUGUAGUUAUCGUCAUUAUUAUCAUCCUUGUCAUCAUCAUCAUCAUUAUCAUCAUCAUCAACAUCAUUAUUGCCAUCACCACAAUCAUCCUCAUCAUCAUUAUCGUCAUCAUCACGCCACGUAUGUUGCAAUUAUUCACGAAAGGCCCAUCUCACAGCAUGUUUGAGUUCAUUGCAGUAAAUUUUGUGCUUGUAAACAAUGCACCUCUAUUAUUUAAGUGGAGAACGGUUGUCAGAUUGUCUGACCUGUCUGUUGGGGAGGCAGUGAUCUGUCACCGAGGUAACACGCAACGGGCUCGUCCUGAUGUCCACCGGGAUACCUACGAGACUGCACGGUCCUUUCUCUCUGUUUUUUUUUUUCAUUUUGUCUAUAUCUCUAUGUUGUCUCUCUAUGUUUGUCUUUCUCUCUUCUUCCGUUUCAACUUCGUUCGCGAAUUGCAAAUGACAAUUAGCAAAAAAAGAAGAAAGACCAACGAGUACUUUCUCAUGUGGACGCGCUCGACGCCGAGUGACGCUUUUAGCACUUUCGUAGACUUCAACAGAAAAGAUGAAAGCGAAAAAAAGCAAAAGAUCCAAAAAUAAAAAAAGUAAAAAAUGCGUGACGGAACGGAAAACAAAAUCGCAAAAAAAAAAAAACAAAAAACCGCCAACUAAAAAAAUCCCGAAAGAAAUGUCCUGUAAGUUGACGGCCCAAUGUUUUGCCACUAGCGUGACAGCUAUCGCCUGCGAGUACGGGCCUCCGACAGAGGGAUGCCAGUCUUGUCCGCAGACGUGGACGUUGAGUUAGACGUCGUAGACAGAAACAAUAAACCACCUGUGUGGGAUGCGAAUGUAUACGGCCCCAUUCACAUCAAAGAAAAUGUCACAGUGGGUACUGUAGUGACGUCGGUGAAAGCCAGCUCUGGAAUCGACAAUAAUCCAACGGUCUUUUACCACUUAAUGCCCGGUUCCACGGCGCAGACCAACAAGUUUCAUACGUUUUACCUUCAGCAACGCGCCGAACAGUCGACGACUUGGGCCGACAUUAAGGUCAACCAUCCGUUGGACUAUGAAAGCAUAAAGGAGUACAAUCUCACCAUACGAGUGGAGAAUAACGGAGCCCAGCAGCUGGCUUCCGAGGCGACUGUGUACAUCAUGCUGGAGGAUGUUAACGACGAGAUACCGCUGUUCACCGAACGAGAACAGGAGACCGUACUCGAAGGCGAACCGGUGGGCAGCAAAGUCACCCAAGUGAACGCCAUCGACAAGGAUGGAACAUUCCCCAAUAAUCAGGUCACGUAUUACGUGGUGGACAGCAACAGGAAUGAGGGCAAGGAUUACUUCGAGAUCAACAGGGAGACCGGGGAGAUCUUCACGAAAGUAAUGUUCGAUCGCGAGAAGCAGGGUGCCUACGCCCUCGAGGUGGAGGCUAGAGACGGAGCACCGUCUGCGCGACCCAACAGCAACGGCCAACCUAACUCAGUAACGAAAUUCAUUCGCAUCGGGAUAGCCGACAAGAACGAUAAUCCCCCAUAUUUCGACAAGGGCCUCUACGAGGCUGAGGUAGACGAGAAUGAGGACAUUCAGCACACGGUGCUCACCGUCACCGCCAAAGAUCACGACGAGUCCUCGCGUAUUCGAUACGAGAUCACGAGCGGGAACAUAGGCGGUGCAUUCGCCGUGAAGAACAUGACCGGCGCCAUUUACGUCGCCGGUGCGUUGGACUAUGAGACGAGGAAGAGGUACGAGCUUCGGCUUACCGCCUCAGACAACCUGAAGGAGAAUUACACGACGGUUGUAAUUCACGUGAAGGACGUAAACGACAACCCGCCCGUCUUCGAGCGGCCAAAUUACAGAACACAAAUUACCGAGGAGGACGACAGGACCCUGCCGAAACGUGUCCUCGGGGUCACUGCGACUGACGGAGACAAAGACAGGCCGCAAAAUAUCGUCUAUUUCCUGACCGGCCAGGGUAUCGAUCCUGAUAACCCUGCGAACAGCAAAUUUGACAUUAACCGCACGACCGGAGAGAUCUUCGUGCUAAAGCCGCUGGACAGAGAUCAACCGAAUGGCCGGCCGCAGUGGCGGUUCACCGUGUUUGCCCAGGACGAGGGCGGGGAGGGUCUCGUGGGUUACGCUGACGUCCAAGUCAACCUCAAGGACAUCAAUGACAACGCCCCGAUAUUCCCGCAGGGGGUCUACUUCGGCAACGUCACCGAGAACGGCACCGCAGGAAUGGUAGUAAUGACGAUGACAGCUGUAGACUACGAUGAUCCGAGCGAAGGCACGAACGCAAGGCUCAUCUAUUCCAUCGAGAAGAACGUUAUCGAGGAGGAAACUGGUUCGCCCAUCUUCGAGAUUGAAUCGGAAACUGGCGUGAUCAAGACUGCUGUGUGCUGCUUGGACAGGGAACGCACCCCGGAUUAUUCUAUACAAGUCGUCGCGAUGGAUGGAGGGGGGUUAAAAGGGACCGGGACAGCAUCGAUACGGGUCAAAGAUAUAAACGAUAUGCCACCGCAAUUCACAAAGGAAGAGUGGUUCACCGAGGUGGACGAGACGGAAGGACCGGACCUGCCGGAAAUGCCGAUACUCACCGUCACUGUCCACGAUGAGGACGAGACCAAUAAAUUCCAAUACAAGGUAAUCGAGAGCAGCGGUUACGGUGCCGACAAAUUUACUAUGGUACGAAACAAUGACGGCACGGGAUCGUUGAAAAUUGUACAAUCGCUAGACUAUGAGGACCAACUGCAGAGUAAUGGCUUUAGGUUUAGGAUACAAGUGAACGAUAAGGGCGAGGAUAAUGACAACGAUAAAUACCACGUUGCCUAUUCUUGGGUGGUCGUGAAAUUGCGAGACAUCAACGACAAUCAACCGCAGUUUGAAAAAGCCAAUAUCGAGACCACCGUGCCAGAGAACGCUAGAAUAGGCAGCAGCCUAGAAACAUUCAAGGCUACUGAUCCGGAUCAAGGUGGAAAAAGCAAGGUCUCCUACUCCAUUGACAGAAGCUCCGAUCGAAAGAGGCAGUUCUUCAUCAACGAGAACGGCACCGUAUCAAUACAGAGAAGUCUUGACCGUGAAGAAACUCCUCGGCAUCAGGUUAAAAUCUUGGCGAUCGACGAUGGAAUACCACCGAAAACAGCAACAGCCACUCUGACAGUCGUCGUGCAAGACAUCAAUGAUAAUCCACCCAGAUUCCUGAAGGACUAUCGUCCAGUUUUGCCGGAAUACGCGCAGACCAAGAAAGUCGUCGAGAUUCUCGCUACCGAUGACGAUGACCGAUCCAGAAGCAAUGGACCUCCGUUUACCUUCAGAAUGGACCCUAACGCGAACGACGUUAUCAGAGCCAGCUUCAAAGUCGAAAGCGAUAACAAGGGGGCGAACGGAGACGGAAUGGCCGUGGUGUCAUCCCUGCGAUCGUUCGACAGGGAACAGCAAAAGGAAUUCCUGAUUCCCAUCGUCAUCAAGGAUUCCGGGAAUCCUUCCAUGUCCGGGACCAGUACCUUGACGGUUAUCAUAGGCGACGUUAACGAUAAUAAAAUGCAGCCAGGAUCCAAGGAGAUCUUUGUAUAUAACUACGCUGGGCAAUCGCCGGAUACCGAGAUAGGCAGGGUGUACGUGUACGAUUUGGACGACUGGGAUUUACCGGACAAGAAGUUCUAUUGGGAGGGACUCGAGCAUGCACAAUUCAGGCUCGACGAGGAUACGGGGAUGAUCUACAUGAAAUCCGGCACGCACGACGGCAAGUAUCAUCUGCGAUUUAAGGUUUACGAUCGGAAGCACACGCAGACGGACGUGCCCGCGAAUGUCACCGUCACUGUCAAGAGUAUACCACACGAGGCAGUGCUGAAUUCCGGCUCGGUACGGAUAUCCGGGAUAACGGACGAGGACUUCAUUCGCAUCUGGAAUUACCAGAAUCAAACACUAUCUCGGAGCAAGGCAGAUUUGUUCAGGGAUAAGCUAUCGCAUCUGCUGAACAUUGACAGAGACAACGUGGACGUAUUUAGCGUUCAAUUAAGGAGAAUGCACCCACCAUUAACAGACGUCAGAUUCGCCGCGCACGGUUCACUGUACUAUAAACCGGUUAGGCUUAACGGCAUCGUGCUGAUGCAUCGAGAAGAGAUCGAGAAAGACGUGGGCAUCAACAUUACCAUGGUCGGCAUCGACGAGUGUUACUACGAGAACGAGAUGUGCGAGGGCAGUUGCACGAACACUCUCGACAUCAGCAAUCUGCCAUACAUGGUGAACGCGAACAGGACCGCCCUGGUCGGUGUGCGUGUGGACGUAAUAGCAGAGUGCACUUGCGGGGCGCGGAAUUUCAGCAAGGGCGAGUCAUGCAGGAACAGCCCUUGCUAUAACGGUGGACGCUGUGUGGAAGACCGAUUUGGAUUGUCAUGUCAAUGUCCAUCUGGCUACAACGGCCCGAGGUGUCAGCAAACGGCCAGGAGUUUCCGCGGCAACGGUUGGGCAUGGUAUCCCGCUUUGGAGAUGUGCGACAACAGCCAUUUGAGCUUCGAGUUUAUCACGAGAAAGUCGGAUGGAUUGUUACUGUACAACGGUCCGAUCGUCCCUCCCGAAGCCGACGAAAUAAUGGUUUCCGAUUUCAUCUCAGUCGAGUUGGAACGCGGUAUACCGCGGCUGCUGAUCGAUUUUGGAUCGGGUACGCUGGAAUUGAAAGUGAAGCCGAAGAAAACCUUAGAUGACGGCGAGUGGCAUCGACUUGACGUUUUCUGGAAUACGGAGACCGUCAAGCUCAUCAUCGACUACUGCAAAUCCGCGGAGAUAUCCGAGCUGGAGGACGGUACUCCGCCCGAAUUCAACGACACGAGUUGUCAAGCUACGGGCACAGUGCCGCCGUUUAACGAGUACCUGAACGUAAACGCACCAUUACAAAUCGGCGGUCUGUACGUCGAGCAAUUCGAUCCGACGCACUACAAGUGGAAGCACAUGCCGGUAGGCAAGGGCUUCGACGGCUGCAUCAAGAACCUCUUCCACAACAGCAAGCUGUACGACCUCGCGCAUCCGGGUCUGUCGCGGAACAGCGUCGCCGGCUGCACACAGACCGAGGAGAUCUGCAACAACCAGGAGUCGACAUUCCGCUGCUGGGAACACGGCACUUGCGUGGGCAGCUUCACCGAGGCGAGAUGCCAGUGCAAUCCCGGCUGGACCGGUCCCGGAUGCAUGACGCCGACAAUCCCGACCACCUUCAAGCCCCAAAGUUACGUCAAGUACGCGUUGUCCUUCGAGCCGGACAAGUACUCCACUCAGGUGCAACUGAGAUUCCGCACGCGGGAGAUUCACGGCGAACUGUUCAGAGUGAGCGAUCAGCACAACAGGGAAUACGCCAUUCUGGAGAUCAAAGACAGCAGACUGCACUUCAGAUAUAAUCUGAACAGCCUUCGGACGGAAGAGCGCGAUAUCUGGCUUUCGGCAAUAGCUGUCGAUGAUGGACAAUGGCACACGGUCAGAGUGUCGAGAUACGGAUCCGCGGCGACCUUAGAGUUGGAUGGCGGCGAAGGACGAAGAUUCAACGAGACCUUCUCCUUUGAAGGCCAUCAGUGGCUCUUGGUGGACAAGCAGGAAGGUGUCUACGCGGGUGGCAAGGCGGAGUACACUGGCGUUCGCACGUUUGAAGUUUACGCAGAUUAUCAGAAAGGUUGUUUGGACGACAUAAGAUUAGAAGGGAAGCACCUCCCGCUGCCGCCCGCCAUGAACGGAACGCAAUGGGGUCAAGCAACCAUGGCGCGAAAUCUCGAGAGAAACUGCCCCUCGAACAAGCCAUGCGCCAACGUUAUCUGCCAGGAUCCGUUCGAGUGCAUUGAUCUUUGGAACGAGUACGACUGCACCUGCGGAGAGGGGCGGAUUCCGUCGCCGGAUAACAAGGGCUGCAUGGACAAGAACGAGUGCAUCGACUAUCCCUGCCUAAAUGGCGGCAGGUGCAUCAAUCAGGAUCCGCGAUUCCGAUACCGUUGCAUUUGCCCGGACGGUUUCUGGGGUGAGAACUGCGAACUGGUGCAGGAGGGUCAGACGCUGAAACUUAGCAUGGGCGCGUUGGCGGCUAUUCUCGUCUGUCUUUUGAUCAUUCUUGUUCUCGUGCUGGUGUUCGUGGUUUACAACCGAAGGCGGGAGGCGCACAUAAAGUAUCCUGGUCCGGACGAUGACGUGAGAGAGAACAUCAUCAACUACGACGACGAGGGCGGCGGAGAGGACGACAUGACAGCGUUUGACAUCACGCCUCUGCAAAUCCCGAUCGGCGGCCCGAUUCCGGAAAUGGGCGGCAAGCUGCCCCCAUGUAAAGUAGCCUAUCCACUUGGACCGGAGCCGAACGUUGGCAUCUUCAUUGAGGAUCACAAGAAGAGGGCCGACAGCGACCCGAACGCACCGCCCUUCGACGAUUUACGGAAUUAUGCGUAUGAGGGUGGCGGAAGCACCGCAGGUUCUCUCGAAUCAUUAGCCUCUGGCACAGACGACGAGCAGCACGAGUACGAGUACUUAGGCGCCUGGGGACCGAGAUUCGACAAGCUGGCCGACAUGUACGGGCCCACGGAGGAGAGCGAGGAGGAGGAAUAAUCAGCCCCGAGUACAGCCAAGUCUUUGCACCAAGUCGCACCAAUUCGAAUCAUCGCUGGAUCCACAUCAUCCGAAUGAGUGCUCGUGCGACCUGAUGUGAUCCGGUUCACUCAUCGCAUCGCGGAUCCAGGAAUCUAUCACGAACACUCGACGUGGAUCCCGCGGGAGAGGAGGGACGCGUCUUCCUCGCCAGGAUAAUGAUGGAUUCUCAACGAAGAGUGCAGCCUCCUCGUUGUUGUGCGGCUGAUGAAAGUACUAUGAUACGUGAUGUCAUCCGGGGUGCGUGCACGCAGCAGACAGACAGACAGGCAGGCAGACAGGCACACGCAUACACACGCACACACAUGUCCACACGCAUACUCAUUCACACUCGGGAUCGAAGGUGCAAAAUAAACGUUGCAAUAAUGCGAUGGUAUACGUAGAGAUGGUAACGAUAGGCGUAGGAGAGGAGAAAAAGGAAAGGAAAAAUAGAGAGAGAAUCGCAUACCUAUCUGUAUAGUAUGUUAUACGUAAUGCGUAGUGAGAGAGAGGAAGAGAGAGAUCCAGAGGGACACGCGACGAGACUUUUUUUCUACCGGAUUUUCCUCCGGCAGACUUCCCUGUCCCUCCAUCGCAUAUAUAUAUGCACACAUAUAUACGUGUAGAUAUAUAUCGCGUCGUUGUCGUCAGUGUCGAAUCGUAGAGGGAUCGGCGUGUCGUCCCUCGCGCGGAGAGCCGAGAAAGAGGGAGAUAGAGAUAAAGAGAGAUCCUUUAUUUAAUCAUUAUAUUUAUCGUCGCGCGCGAUAAUUAAUGGACGAACGACGCGCGUUAGAUGUGUUGUAACGGCGUUUAAUCAUGGGCAUUUACACACGCGCAUACAUACACACACUCACACGGAACGUACGUACACGUGCAUACAUACAUCCAUGAGAGAAAUCGCGUUGAGACAUCGCGAACGAUUCGAGAGUUCUUCGUUCGUCCGCAGGAGGACCUCGUUUCCUUCGACGAGCGCAUUUCGUUCAUAUCCUGAACGCGGAGGAGUCCUGGAUGCAGCGCGCCCUCGUUCGCGAUGGACGAUCCUACCGUAGAUAGUCUGCCAUAAUAGGAAUUAAAGUUAAGAUGUAUCCUUAGUUGUCACAGCAUCGGUUCAUCGUCGUCAUCGUCAUCGCCAUCCUCACUAGUAAUAGCACAUUAUACUAUUAAAUAUUUAUGAUAUAUAUAUUAUAAAUAUGGAUUUAUAUGGGGGCGCAGAGGGAAAGAGAGAGAGAGAGAGAGAGAGAGAGAGAGAAAGGAAUCGGUAGACAUAGAGUGAUUAACGAGAAAGUCCGAGAAAUGAGGAGAGGAGAGGGAACUCGCGGUGGAGAAGAGAGUGCACGAGUUACCGCGCGCGUAAUGUAAUUAUUACAAUUAUAAUAUAGCGGACGUGAGAAGUCUAACUAUAAAUACAAAUAUAAAUAUAUAUAAAUAUAUAAAUAUAUAUAAAAAUGCAAAUAUAUAUAUAUAUUAUACGUAUACAUAUACGACAGAGAACACGUACGAACAUACAGACAACACGAGAGAAAUGAGAUGCGCAUUCGCUAAACUAUGCUCACCGUUGAUAUAUAUAUAUAUUAUAUAUAUAUAUAUCUCGAUAUAGUUUUAAUAUUUAUUUUACGUCAUCGAAGGAGAGAAGAGGAUUCGGAGCGCAAAGAACGUGACAACGGGUUUGUAUGUGAAGUGCACGUGCACGAGGUACCGAGAAAAGAGAAGAAGAAAAUCCGACAGUUCUAGUCAUUCCGAACGGUUCGGCGGUGCACCGUUACGAAUUUCGUGAUUUGAAAAAAUCAUCUACAAGUUAUCUAAAUUUCAUAAUUAGCAUAUCUAGAGGUGUGAUUUGCAGAAAGAUAAAAAUUCGCUGUAAAGCGUUAAGUCAUUAAUGAUGCCAGUAUAAUGUUUUCACAUCGAGUGUCUUACAAAAAAUUCUUACAUCAGGUGUUUUACCUCAAAUAUGAAUUAAUUGAUCAAUUAAAAAAUAGAGGACACAUGAAAUGUUUCAUCUGAACAAAACUUGGAGAGUCAGUGUUACAAUUAGUUAAUCAUCAAGAAUUCUAGAGAAAAAUUAACGGUUCAAUCAGAAACGAGGCCUCGACGAGCCCUUCGACGUCACUCGUCCUCGUGCACGCACUGAUUAUGGCAACGUCGUCGCGCCCUUUGCGGAAAGAACUCUUUCCACGCGCCGAGCCCCGACUGAACCUCUGUGUAAAAUUCUCAACGGGAAUAUUAAUAGUCAAUUUACCAGUUAGAGGGCGAAAGAGAGAAAGAGAGAGAGAGAAAAAGGGAGAACGAGUGAGAAUGAAUGUAUGUGGCCGAAAAUAGGGAGUUAGAAAUAAUACAUCGUAAGCACUUGUACGAAUAUUGUAAUUAACGUGACAUGUGUAUGAGUGUGCUGGCGCGCGCGCGGCGUCACCCUACGCGUCAUCGCUGUAUAAUUGUCCUACCAAUGAUCGUGUUUGCGUAUGGGUUUCUCAACGAAUUUGUGAUAUUAAGUUGCGUAUAUUUACUGCCCACACGUACAGAUACACAGACACACGCACACAUACACACACGUACAGAUGCACACCUGUAUCCCGCGUGUCAAUCGUUGUUCCUGAAGACUGCGAGCACCGAGCGCGCGACUGAGUUGCCCAACGAGAAAGCGAGAUGCUUUAAGCCACAUCCCUGAAGAAUAUCUAAAAAAGAUAUUUUUCUAGGCGUUUGCACUGUUUGAAUAACGAUGGCUUCUUUUCGUAAUGCACUACGUGCGCGAGAGACAUGUUGAAUCAGAUCGUGCGAAGAUCAUGCUUGUUGAUGGAAUUUUCAAGCGAAACUAUACAUUUUUGCGAACUACAACGAACUGCCGGCGUAACUGUAUCACCGCGUUGCAGACAGCAAUAAUCUUCUAGACUUCGAGCAAUAAGUUGAAUAGCAAUAGGUACGGUUUUGUUUCGAUGUUUUCUAUUUCCAUGGUCAGAUUUCGUGUGGAAGCAUCGCGUGUGACAGAACAGAAAAAUCUCCUCCAGAUCGUUAAGGAAUUUUUUAAUCUUUUUCGAUUAUUCCAUGAGUUUUUGAGAGAUCUUCCGAAGCGUUUUCAUGCUCUAUCGAUAUCGAUCGUACAUUUCGCGCUGAUCAUCCGGGGAGGAACGACAAUCUCUCGGUGCCCGCACGUCCACUCAUCGAAACCCCGCCGUUCAUCUCUAGACGCCCUUAGUUUUUUCCAGACAUUCCCGUCAUCGAGACUCGAUCCCGUCAAGUAGAUUCUAAGCAGAGACAGUAUUCGAAUGAGGAUUAUUGGAGGACGAAAGAGAAUUAUCGUUGAGUAACUGUGUAUCGAGUAGCGCGCGAGCGCGAGUCGCGUGUGUGCAGUGGCAAAGGAAACGGCAGCUUGAUUGAUUGUGCGAGUGAUACACGUCUGCGAGACGCGACCGAUCGUUCGAAUGAGGCUCGAGGAUCCGGGAGAGGACGAUUGAAAAAUCACCACUCUCUUAAUUUAGAUAUGAUUCGAACGUAAUUCAAACGUAGUGCGAAUGGCAAUCAGUUUGAUUAUAAAGGAAACUCUUCGAUCGUCAAACGAUCGGACUUGCCAGCAACUCGACUUGGACGAUUUCAAAUCGACUGAUUGCAAUUGAAUCCGUGGGCGAACUUAAUUGUAAGAUCUGAUUGUAAUUGGAAGAUGAUUAUCUGAAGAUCCGAGAUAGCGGUCGGUCGCGUGUCCGCGCGACGACGAUGCUCGAAGUCUCCUCCGUUAGCUCGACCCGUGCACCUCGAUUGCUCUAUAUGAAAAUUUUGCGAGAAAAUACGCAGAUGCAAUUCGAUGAAUCGAAUCGCGGAAUCUAAAAUUCCGAACGUACGUGAAAGAACGCUGGGAUUGAAGUCGGUACUCCUGCACAGAGGAAAAUACAUGAAAAUCCGCGGGACAUUACUAAAGGUACUUUGAAAAACGCGUGUUCCGAGAAAUCAGCUGAUUCGCUCACAACUUUACGACAUUUUCGAGUGCUUCUGUUAUUUCGAUGCAAUCGCGAUGGAUCCGAAUUUGCGAUGCGGACGUGCGGUUGACGCACGCUGAAAUAAGUUCCAUCACAGGCUCGAAGUCGUCGAAGUUACAUCGCGUUUCAAAUUCUGCGCGAGACUCGAGAAACCCGAUGGGCAAGUGAGAAAAGAGGAUCCGAUUAAGAUUGUCGCUCAAGAAAACCGCUCGACUUCAUUUGCGACCGACUGACUUAAAUCGUACUUACUUUCGACAAGUGAUGUUGAGAAAUCAUUGAAACGCAACAAUUGGCGAAGAUUAAACGCGAUCAAGCGAUGAUCGAUCGAAAAGAGAAACACGCGUGAGGAAGGGUGAUCGGAGCAACGACACGUUCCUUGAGUCCAUUCCAAACAAUUAGUCGCGGUUAAUAUAAUUAGAAAAUUCGGCUCAAGCCUAAAAAGUUAUUUAUUAUCGUUAGAUUUAGUCUGUCCAUGCUUGUCGUAUUCUCGUGUCCGGAAAAUUUUCCCCGGAAAAAUUGGCAUCGCACAUGUACUCAAAUUCGAAACUAUGGCGAAUUAGUUUGAGCGUAAUUCGUAAUAACGGGAACUUUGCCGUCUCUGUGUACUUACGUGAAAUUUUUUACGAUCUCAUUUUGCAUUUUGUAUUUUACCGAGACCGGUGUUGCUUUUCGACACUUCCAGCCGCGAGACGAAACACAACUAUAAAAGAGGAAGAGAUUUAUGCUCACUUUACAUAUCCUCAUGGUUUUUCUGAGCACUGCCUAAUCGUGCACAAAGAUAAUCUUCGUAAACGGGGUACUACAGGGCCGAGCGCGAGCGAACUCGCACGUAAUUAACGUAACCGAAUUUUUCGUUUAGUUUAACGGAGAAUAAGAAAUGAAAGAGAGAUGAGAAAGGACCUGAGAUGAUGGUUAGAGAUAGAAAAUGGCACUUUUCCUCCACAUCGCAUCUUAUAAAGAACAAUAAGGAACACCUCUCGUUUUCAAUAAUAAUCUUUUCGUGUCAAUUCUAAAAUUUCUUUUUCUCAGAAAGUGUUUUUAUUAAAAUCAGAUCAUUGAAUAAAUAAUAAAAUUAUAAUAACCAGAUUUUUAUUUGAAAGAAUAUUACAGUAUAUAGAAAUUUAUUUUUUUCUUUGUCUUUUUCUAUACACGUUGUACGAAAAAAAAAGAGUAGAGUGUAGCGUCAAUUCAUACCCGAAAAAGAUGUAUUUUAUAGUACGAAAAAGUCAAAAAAGGAAGGAAAAAAUUUGUUUUUUAAAAAGUGACACUCUCUACAGUAUUGAAAUACAAGAAACACGAAAUUAUUUUAACAUCCACGAGAGAUGUCCCUUCAUCGCGGAUUAGUGUCCUUUCAAUCAACGUGAGGGUGAAACAUGAUCGUAAACCGAAAGAGAAAAAGAACGGAGAGAGAACUUUAUCCGUCGGUCGACGAAAUAAAAGAAAUCACUGUAAGAUAUACAUAUUAUUACAUAAUGUAACGCUGCCACUGAACACAUCCCGUUAGUACAAUUACCGUAUAUUAUAUAUAAUAAUAAUAAUAAUAUUAAAAUAAUAUCCGCAGUAUACUGGGACACACCGUAUUAUUAAUUGAAUUAAUAUUUAUUAACGAUUAUAAUUAUUACAUUAUUACCACUAUAUAUUAUCUAUACCAUUUGUACUUUACACUUCAGUUCGAACGAAAUAAAUGCCUUCUUUUUCAUAAAACCCUCGAUGACAUGACAACGUUGGAAGGCGGAUGUUU